UUUUGUGAGGAGGAGUCAGGUUACACACUCCUGUAACCGAGCUCAGCAGGGAGAGAAGAAACAGUCUUUCAAUUAUUUACACACCAGUACCUGAUACAAAAUACAGUUACAUGGAAGACAAAGAACAGCAAGUAAAGACGAAGACCCGACUCAUGGUGAUGUACAUGGAUUUGCUAUGGGUUGCCAUAAUGAAGACUCGAGAUUUUGCCUAGAUUAAAUUGUCAAAUUGUAGCAGCGUAAUCCACGGUCCCUUUACUCACCCUCCGUAUCCGGUUUGAUUUGAACGAAAGACGUCAUUAUGGACUCCUUCAGUACUAAGAGCCUGGCCCUUCAGGCCCAGAAGAAGCUGAUGAGCAAGAUGGCCACCAAGAGCAUGGCUAACCUCUUCAUUGACGACACCAGCAGCGAAGUGCUGGACGAGCUCUACCGCGUCACGAAGGAGUACACGCGCAACCGCAAGGAGGCUCAGAAGAUCAUCAAGAACCUUAUCAAGAUGGUGGUGAAGCUGGGAGUCCUCUACCGCAACAACCAGUUCAGCGGGGAGGAGCUGGUGCUGGUUGAGAGCUUCAGGAAGAAGGUCCACACACUGGCUAUGACGGCUGUCAGCUUUCACCAGAUCGAGUUCACGUUCGACCGGCGCGUGAUGAGCGCCAUCCUGAACGAGUGCCGCGAGCUGCUGCACCAGGCCAUCAACCGCCACCUGACGGCCAAGAGCCACUCGCGGGUCAACCACGUGUUCAACCACUUUGCCGACUGUGACUUCCUCGCGGCGCUCUAUGGGCCGUCUGAGGUGUACCGCGGCCACCUGCAGAGGAUCUGUGACGGCGUCAACAAGAUGCUGGACGAGGGCAACCUUUGACCUCUCCCCAGGACCCUUUGACCCCUCCCCCUUUAACCUUUUGAGGCAUUACCUGGUGGUGUGAAAUCCACCACGGGGUUGCCUUAUUGGCUUGCAUUGUUUUGUUUUUUUAAGAGACUGACGUUAUGCAUAUUGUAUGUGGACAUUUACAGUUGAUGUCGGAAGUUUACAUACACUUAGGUUGGAGUCAUUAAAACUUGUUUUUCAACCACUCCA